CUUCUCCAUAGUAGGGUCAACGGACUCGUCGGAGAGGGAGCGAUGAUGUCAUUAGUGAAAACUUAGCCCACUCCUCCUGCUGAGACUGCGAGAGGCGCUGAUUUGUCUUUCACAUAAUUUUCUGCAGAAGUUUUGUGAAGUGACCGAGACACAAGCGCGACCGCAAGAUAAGAAAAUCUGUCACACAGCCUCCGAGGACUAACUUUUCCGCAUUUUGAGAGUGAAGAUCGGACGUUCAGUAACGGGACAGGCUUAUAAAUCGAGCCCAUCAUCCUGGACGGGCUGAAAAGUUUCAAGCGAGUGAAAUGAACCGGAGUUUUAAUAACAAAUCGCAAUCUUUGCGUAGCUUGAACAUGAACGCGGUGGAAGUGAAAAGCAAGUAUGGAGCAGAGUUCCGGAGGUUUUCAGUGGAUCGACUAAAACCUGGUAAAUUUGAGGAAUUCUACAAACUCAUCAUGACCAUCCACCGGAUUGCAAACAUGGAGGUGAUGAUUGGAUACGCUGACGUUCACGGAGACCUCCUCCCCAUCAAUAACGACGAGAACUUCAGCAAGGCCGUGUCGACCGCACACCCCCUGCUGCGAAUAUUUAUCCAGAGACAAGAAGAGGUUGACUACAGCAACUUUGGCACCAGCACUCUGACCCGGAAAAAGAAGGCCGUGGUCACUCUUCGCAACGACCUGAACCGCAAACGGCCCCACAUCCGCAUCGGCAUGCCUCAGGAUUUCCGUCCCGUGUCGUCCAUUAUUGACGUGGACAUCCUUCCUGAAUCUCACCGGAGAGUUCGGCUCUACCGGCAUGGCUCGGACAAGCCCUUGGGAUUCUACAUCCGUGAUGGAACCAGUGUCCGUGUCACGCCUCACGGCUUGGAAAAGGUCCCAGGUAUCUUCAUUUCCCGUCUGGUACCUGGAGGCCUGGCCGAGAGCACGGGCCUGCUGGCCGUCAAUGAUGAGGUCUUGGAGGUCAAUGGCAUCGAGGUGACAGGAAAAACGUUGGACCAGGUGACUGACAUGAUGAUCGCAAACAGCCACAACCUUAUCGUGACCGUGAAGCCGGUGAACCAGCGCAACAAUGUGGUGCGCAGCAGUCGUAUCUCGGGCAGCUCUGGUCAGUCAUCUGACAGCAGUGGUUCGGUGGGAUACCCCGCCAUCACCGCUCCCACCGGUGCCACUGCCAUCUCUCAUGGCUACAGUCCAGAGGAUCUGGAGAGUGACGAGGAGUCGGACAUCGUAAUUGAGAGUAACAUGAAGCGGCCAUCACGGCGCUCCAAUGCCUCAGUGGCUUCAACUGCAUCCCGGUCCCAGACGCAAACGACCAUCGUGACCCCUCCCAGCCCCCCUACGCGACCCCAAACGAGGCCGCCAUCCACCGUGUCCACAGCCUCUUUCCACUCUCAACCGAGCUUUAACGGCACAGUGCACAAUAGUUUGAGUUACAAGUUGCACAAGGACCUUACCCUCCAACACCACCCCUACCACAGCAGCAACCCCGCCAUGCGGGAGAGCAACGGCAGCCUACACAAAAUCCUCAGCAGCCUGAGGACAGACCCCCGUCACAGCCUGGUUUUACCCAGAGGAGGGGUGGAGGAGGAUGGCACAGUCAUCACUUUAUAAUACAUACAGUCUCACAAAAUCCAGCCCUCCCAGAGACUCUGCCUUUCAGCCUGGGACAUCAGACUUGACUUUGAACCUCACCAAACUUUAAGGGUUUCGGAAAAUGAAUAAUUUAACAGAAACAAUAUCUGCAAUUUUAUUCUUUUAAAUGUUUGCUUUCCCUGUUUUGUAAUGUCAAAAAUGUUUCAGAUUUAGUGGUAUGUCUCUCUUUCUAAGCAGAGCCACUUUUUUUUUUUAUCUUUGUCUAUCAGUGUUUCUCAGUUCUUGUUUAGAGGUUAAUUUAAUCAUGUUACCUAAAUAUCUCUUGGGACCAUAAAUUGGGUUUAGACCUGUGCUUACUGUUUACGGUUUGUAUUUGAAAACAAACAUUUGCCCCAGUGUAAUAGAAAAGCCAGUUGCAUUAGGAAAAUGCCAAAAUGAAUUUACACUUAAUCAGAGAAACAAACUUUUGUUUGCCUUGCCCAAUCCAAUUUAAUAACUGAAUAGUAUUAUUAUUAAUUAUCAUUAUAUUUAGUGAUAAAUAUGUAUCUGCUGUAUGUUUAGUACAUUUAUAUGCACUAAAUGUACUAUUUGGCAGAUACCCUCAGAAUGCUGGUUUCCAAAUAUAUGAAUAUCACUUGUGUUAGCAUUCAAAGAAGGCUUUUUGGAAAUUGUGGAAAAUUUGUUUAGACAAGAUCAUCUCAGUUAAAAUAUCGCUGUAAGACAUUAACAACAUGUUGACUUUGUUCAUGCAGGGUUUCAUUUGACUUGGUUUCUGGUUUAUUUGACUGCAGUGGAGUGUAAUGGGUCUUCACAUAUAGGUAUUUCACACUUGUGUGUCUUCCUGAAGACCUGUUGAUCUCGGGAGUUCAGCGGAAUGCGAGUCUGUUGGUUCUCUCUGCGUUUAGUCCGUACACAUAUUUUCUGUCACCUCACUGUUAAUGAAGCCUCACCUCUGACCUCCACUCAAAUCCCCACAACAGAACAGAAUGCUGUCUCAUAGUAGUCAGUACUCAAAGCAAUAGAUCACCGCAAAAUAAUUUUAAAAAUUCUAUCGUUUACUCACCCUCAGGUUGUUCCUGACAUGAAUGAGUUUAUUUCUUCUGUUGAAAGAUGUUUUGAGGAACCAAACAAUUGACGGUAGCCAAUGACUUCCACAGUAUUUUUUUUUUCCAGUCACUGGCUACCGUCAACUGUUUGGUCACCAACAUUAUUCAAAGUAUUAACUCAUACAGGUUUGGAACAUUUGAGGGAGAGUGAAAGAUGAUUUUUUUUAUUUUAUUAUUAUUUUUUAUUUUUGGAGAACUGUCCCUUUAAGUCCAGUCAAACUUCAGGUAUUAUAUCAUCCUGUUAUACAGUGGCAAUGCACAGUUUAUACCCAGUAAUUUUGUUUAUAGAGAGAGUCUGUGGAAUCAUUUUUGUAUAUAAUUUAAAACCACUGUGGCUGUACCUUCUUUUGCUUUUAGGUUGACUGCAUCGUUUUUAUCUUCUUGAACAAAGACUUACCUUCAUAUUCACCAUUUUUGUGCCUUACUGCCCCUCCUACAGACAUACUUCACUCAAACAGACUAAGUAUUUGGAUCUGACCACUGGAAAUAUUUUCAUUUUGGUUAAAAGCAAGGACAUGGUAUAACACGUGCGUGUGCGAGUCGAAAUACAUUUGUUGUGAGUCGCCAUCUGCUGGUCACUGCCUGAACUGCGUCUCUUUUGCUGAAAAUCACAUUCUUUGUUUUGCAUUAAUACUUUUUCAUUCGAAUCACUGUUGAUGGCUUGGUUCGUCUAUGUGUAUUCAUUAACAAUAAAUAAAAUUAAAAGAAAUCCAAAACAAGACGAGCUAAAAAGCACAUUACUAAAGAAAAAGGGUACAACAGAUUAUGUCUUAAGUCAGUGUCAUAUUUAUGGCUUAACGCAAUAGAUUUUUGUCUAAAUGAUCCUCAUAUAUUAGUCAGGCAGUCAAACCACAUUUAAAAUGGUAGUUUAAAGCCUUUUCAGUACAAAAAAUACAUGUGAAUAUUGUUUUUACUGAUGUCAGUCGUUUUUUAAAAAAAAGUGCAUAAUAAAAUUCAGAGAUGGAUAAAAUGCAUUUGUUGUUCUUU